UGGGCCACACAGAGCGUCCCGCGUCGGAAGUGAACAGUGUGCGCCGGAAGCAGCUUCAGAAGCAACCUCGUGGAGGAGCCGGCAGCAUGGGGCAGUCGGGGCGGUCCCGGCACCAGAAGCGCGCUCGCGCCCAGGCCCAGCUCCGCAACCUCGAGGCCUACGCCGCUCAGCCGCACUCGUUCGUGUUCACGCGAGGCCGGGCGGGUCGCAGUGUUCAGCAGCUCAGCCUGGAUGUGCGGCGGGUCAUGGAGCCACUCACCGCCUCUCGUCUACAGGUUCGAAAGAAGAACUCACUGAAGGACUGUGUGGCAGUGGCCGGCCCCCUCGGGGUCACACACUUCCUUGUCUUGAGCAAAACAGACAACAGUGUGUACUUGAAGCUGAUGCGCCUCCCAGGAGGCCCCACUUUGACCUUCCAGAUCAACAAGUACACACUGGUGCGGGAUGUCGUCUCCUCCCUGCGCCGACACCGGAUGCAUGAGCAGCAGUUUAACCACCCACCCCUUCUGGUGCUCAACAGCUUUGGCGUCCAGGGCAUGCACAUCAAGCUCAUGGCCACCAUGUUCCAGAACCUGUUCCCGUCCCUCAACGUGCACACGGUGAACCUCAACACCAUUAAGCGCUGCCUCCUCAUCAACUACAACCCGGACUCCCAAGAGCUGGACUUCCGGCACUACAGCAUCAAAGUGGUUCCCGUGGGUGCCAGUCGGGGCAUGAAGAAGCUCUUACAGGAGAAGUUUCCCAACAUGAGCCGCUUGCAAGAUAUCAGUGAGCUGCUGGCUACGGGUGUGGCACUGUCAGAGAGUGAGGUGGAGCCAGAUGGUGAGCACAAUAUCACAGAACUACCCCAGGCUGUGGCUGGCCGUGGCAACAUGCAGGCCCAGCAGAGUGCCGUCCGACUCACAGAGAUUGGACCCCGGAUGACACUGCAGCUCAUUAAUAUCCAGGAGGGUGUUGGGAACGGCAAUGUCCUCUUCCACAGUUUUGUACACAAGACUGAGGCAGAACUUCAGGCCAUCUUGGCAGCAAAGGAGGAGAAGCUGCAACUCAAGGCCCAGCGUCAGAACCAGCAGGCUGAGAACUUACAGCGCAAGCAGGAACUGCGCGAGGCCCACAAGAAGAAGAGCCUGGCAGGCAUGAAGCGAGCCCGGGCAGGGGCCGAUGGGGACAGCGAUGCCGAGGACCCUGGGGCACCUCCAGAGGCAGCAGGAGCAAGCCGGAAUGAGGAGGAGGAGGAGGAGGAGGAUGACGCCGAGUAUUUUCGCCAAGCUGUGGGCGAGGAGCCUGACGAGGACAUGUUCCCCAGAGUGGGCAAGCGGAGGCGCCUGGGAGGACCUCCGGGCAAGAAGCAGCGAGGGAAAGAGCAGAGGCCUGGCUCAGGCAAGGGUCAGGGUGGCAACUGGCGGCUUCCGAAACCAAAGGGUAGAUUCCAAGGAGUCAAGACCAAGCUGGGACCCAGAGCCAGACGCCAGGACACGGGUCUACCAUCAAGAACCUGAGGCUGCUUGGCAGUGGAUGAUCCAUAGAUGCCCCAGAUUGGGGCCCGAGAGCUGCCCUGGGCUCCAGUGUAGCCCGGUUUCCUUUCAUAAAGGAGCUAUCCAGUUCUUCCAAUAAACUUGAACUUGGCA